GCAAUGUCCAUGCCUUCUUUUUAUAGCUCAGUGCUAACUAAAGUCUAUAGAGUCUAGUUUAUAGAUUUAGGUCUGUGCCUUUGUGUGUGUGUAGGUCAAUUUCCGGUCCGUUUUUGGAAUAGGCCAAUAACGAGAUAAACAGAAACAAACAAAAUGGAUGUCUUCAUUAUGAUCCGACGUAAGAAGACAACAAUUUUCACAGAUUGUAAAGAAAGUACAACCAUGGGUGAAGUGAAAAGAAUAAUAGAAGGCAUUUUAAAAGUUGCACCAGAACAAAUGAGGUUAUACAAGGACGACACAGUUAUGUCAGAUGACCACAAAGCCUUAUCAGAUUAUGGAUAUACAAGUACAGUGGCCAGAGCCCAAUCUCCUGCAACCAUUGGUUUGAUCUUUAGAACAGAAGAAGGUGAAUGGGAACAGCUAGAUAUUCAUCCCUUGUCAAGUCCCCCAGAGUUACCAGAUGUGAUGAAACCACAAGAUGCCAAUCAGGCUCAUCAAUCAGAAACUAAUACUGCCUAAAGUCAUGCUCAACCCAUUUGUGUUUUCCUGAGUAGUGUGCCUAAAGCAUUUCAAAAUUGAAAACUUUUUCAUUUUAAAUCAAAAUCGUUGAAAAUUUUGAUUUUUUUUGUAAUUUUUUUUCCAGACAUGUUUGUAUGGUGUGUGUUGAAUGGAUAUGCAUCAAUUAUUUUGUAGGAUAAUUUAAUUUUUUUUAAAGACAUUUCCUUUGAGCGGUUGAAUAUUUUUGAAUAUUUUGUGUCAUUUCAUAGACUGACAUAAUUGACAAAGCUUUUGUGUGAUCUCUGGUAUAGAUAUUAAAUAAAUACUGAUACCUAUUCUGUCACAAGUACUAAUAUUAAGGCACUGGGUGAAUAUUCAGGUUGUUACCUUUUCUGUUGUUAAGCAUACUGGGGUUGUAUUUUGUUGUUUGUCUUUUCAAAUUUCAUUUUAUACAAAUUUAUUUGAGAAAAAAAACAUUGAAAUCAUUCUGGUUUGAUAGUGUCAAAAAGAUUCUAUUUGUAAAUUUUACAUUUGUCAAAAAAUAAAACGAUGUCUGUCAAUAUAUUAUUGAAGACUUGUGACAAGCAUUAAUUUAUUUCAAUAAAAUUUCUUAUCAGUU